CUCGCUUGAUCUUGGCGACGGCCGCUCGGCCAAUUUUUCGGGCAAACAGGGGUCGACAGGGGACACGGUUGCGAAACCGAGGGCGACCGGCUGCAAGUGGUUGCAACUGAGGUGAAAAGUACGCACGCGGCACGCCCGGAGCACUCGAUGCAGGGCCGAGGGAUAAGUGCAGGUGUAUGCGCGGUCGCGGAUCGCGGUGCCGCCACCACUGUGUAUCGCUGCGCGGAACAGGUUAUGUCGUAUUACGUCCCGUGCGCCCAGAGUGGCCGGAGGAUGACUCGAAGUGUGCACUAGCUCGCGGAGGGUCUUUGCGCGGCCUCGGGAAACCUUUAAAGGUUGCGAAUGUCGAUCAAGACGUCGCAAAAGGUCGGCCCAUCGAAACAGGUCGCAGCCUCGUAAUGACUUCGCGGAUGUAACGCCUAGCCGAUGAUCUGGAAGUUGCGUCGAAACGCGACCUGACCAACCUCGAAAGAAAUGAUAUCAUUGGCACGUAAAGACUCGUCACUGUGGGUUGGAGGAACUGUCGGAUGUUCCUAAGCGACGAGUGCUACCACGAUGUAGGGCUCGGGACGAAGCACGAUGCCCAACGUCAUAACCCUGACGCCGGUACGACGCCGUUGCCUAAUAAUAUUCCUGGCGAUUCUAGUGCCGUGUGCAGUCGUUAACCUUGUAUCCUCGCCGGAUGUUCGCGAAGAGACCACCUUGCAGAAUGGCAUCGCGGAAUUGCAGGCAAAACUGGAGCACCUGCGGGCCAAGUAUGUCACGAAUCAAGAGGAAAUCAACCUGCUCUCGCAUCAGUUGUCUCAACUGACAGAAAGCACCCGUGUCUCUCCAGACCUACAGUUUUUAAUCAACAAUAACACCUCCAAUGUAACAAGCAUUAAACUACCUUCGAUGUAUAACUUCCUUCCUCAUUUCCUUGACGAUCCAAACAGCUUACGUCCUGCGUUCGUCCAAAGUAAAGGACGGUCUAGUGUCAGUAUGGUGCUCGGAGUACCAACAGUCAAGAGAGAAGUGCAAAGCUACUUACUGGCAACGCUAAAGAAUCUAUUGGAUACCAUGAACCCUGCAGAAGCAGCCGAUACCUUGAUCAUCGUUAUGGUUGCAGAGACUGAUCUGGAAUACGUGACGUACGUUGCAAAGCAAAUUGAAGUUCAGUUUCCAAACGAAUGCGAAGCUGGGAUAAUCGAGGUGAUUUCUCCUUCACCUUCCUACUAUCCAGAUCUGUCAAAGCUUCGUGACACUUUAGGUGAUGAUCAUCAGCGUGUCGUUUGGAGAUCUAAACAAAACUUGGAUUUUGCUUUUCUUAUGUCAUACGCUCAGACCAAAGGAACAUUUUACGUACAAUUAGAGGACGACAUUCUUGCUAAGAAGAACUUCAUAACGACCAUGAAGUCAUUUGCCUUGCAAAAAAUUAGUCUAAAAGAGAAUUGGUUCGUUUUAGACUUUUGUCAGCUUGGUUUUAUAGGGAAAAUGUUCAAGUGUGUCGAACUCCCAUGGUUAAUACAAUUUUUUCUGAUGUUCCAUAACGAUAAACCCGUCGAUUGGCUCUUGGAUCAUUUGGUGUCAACAAAAGUCUGUAGUUUGGAUAAAGACACUAAGCACUGUAAAAUGGCAAAGGCUGAGUUGUGGUUGCAUUAUAAACCGUCGCUCUUCCAGCACAUUGGCACGCAUUCAUCUUUGAAGGGAAAAGUUCAAAAACUGAAGGAUAAACAAUUUGGAAAAAUAACACUGUUUUAUGGUCACGAAAAUCCCGAGGCAACGGUCGAGACUCAAAUCAAACCUUACAAGCAGUACACACUCGCCAAGGCGUAUAAAGGCGAAUCCUUCUUCUGGGGACUUUUGCCACAACCAGGCGAUCGCCUCAGAUUUAAAUUUAAGCAUCCUAUUUUUAUAAAAAGGUACUUAUUCAGAAGUGGAAACGCGGAGCAUCCGUCGGAUAAGUUUUACAACACGACGGUAGAAGCAUUACCAGAAGCGUCAAGUGUGGUCAACAGGAACAAUAAUGACGUAUUGGAAGACGGGUACAUAAUUGUCGGUAAAUUUGAUUCGCUUGGAGUAGCUCAAGGUACCGUGGAUAAAAAUUUGGGAAAGAUAGCUGUACUUCGUUUGACCGUUCACAGCGAAAGUGACAAUUGGGCUAUUUUGUCCGAGAUUCACAUUGUUCAAGAUCGACCCAGCUGACAUGGGGGUAGAGAAGCACAGAAGCGUUUUCGCUACUGACCUUAGUAAUAGCUUCAGCCUGACGAGCUUUUCUCUUGAAAAGACUAAGAGAUAUUUGAUAUUGUUGUUGUUGUUAAUUAUUUUAUUAUACAUUAGUCUUUUUAUAUCUCACUUUGAUUUUCGACACUUUAAAGACGGACCAAUCAUCCACUCGAGGGGACCGAACGCAGAAUGGAUGUAACGGUCCAAACGCGCUAACUCAGUUAUUACCGUUACAGGGUAUACUGGCUGGCGUAAUGGCAUUCUGUAAUAAGAAAACGCUUCUAACGCAUUUUUUACACUACUUUACGAAAAUUUAAACACUUCUCGGAUUAAGGCCUGAUAAUCGCCCUUUUGGCUUUUUCGUCAUUUCGGAAACCCUCGACGCGAUACUAUAAUGGGCCGCGCUAUUUACAAGCAUAAUUUAAUUACCCGGAAUAACCGUCGACCGUUGGAUUAAUUAGAUAUUGCAUUUUUGUAUCAAUAUAGAUGCCAUUCCAAAUGUAAUUUGCAAGUAUAAUUUGCUAAUCGCUGCAUGGUAAUUAAAUUACUGAUGUAAUGGUUGUUGCCUGUCUGGUAUCUGCUAGGUAUAUGUAUGAAGGACCAUUUAAAGGUAUAUUUUGAGGAGCAACGUGUCACGCGAGAGUCCACUAUUCUUAGCGAUUUAAUCAACGAGUGUGGCUUAUCUACCACUAACAUUUAUAUGAUGUGUUAAUGAAGUGGAAAUAACACCUGUGCAUGUCAUGUCGAAAUUUGGGAUCUAUCGAUUUUAUUUAUACAUUUUUUUUUGUGAUCAACGAUGAAUCUGAACUAGAGAUCUGCCACCCGGAUUAUUAUUUUUUGUGGUUUACCUGUCGCAUUAUGUAUAUAUAGUAAAAUUCUUGCUGUAGCAUGUUUCUUACCACAUUAACGUUUCCGGUAAUAAGCACCCAUUGAAAGACUGUUCUUUAAUAUUCUGUGACGUACAAAAUGAUUUGCAUCAUUUGUGUUAUUUACCGUGUUUUCUCUAACCAUCUUGUGUUUGAUAUGUCGGGGAAUCAUCGUUAACAUUAUGUGCUUCGUAUAUCUAUUUUGAUGACAGGAAGUAGACCACAAGUGUACGGAUCUGAUUUUCAACCUUCAGUGUACAAUUCUCGAAAGUAUCGUCCGCCUCUAUUGGCAAUCGUUAACGAGUAGUUAAUCGUACCCUAAAAUAAUUUCCUAAUUCGAUGAUUAUCAUCCACGCCCGUUUUUUAAAAUUCCACAAGCGGUUUCCGAUUCCGUCGUACGCAGGGAUAUUACCGAAAAUCCGGGAACUUUAAACUACUAGGUAUUCCGCAUCGUUCAUGUAACGUAAUACUUUAACAGGACGAAAGAAAACAAUCUCCAUAUUUUUACGCAGCCUAUUUUUGGCACAUAUUUUAUAUCGUCGUAUCGUUGAAUAUUGGAAUUGACUGUGAACCGAAUGUACAGACCUGUAGAUCAUUGUAAGGAGACCGAGUGUACAUACAGAACGGGGUGAAAAUCGUGGAAUCGCCAUUCGGGGACAUUGUGAUAAGAAACUGCACUGUCUUUACGUUUCGUUCGAUCGACGACUGUACUCUGAAUGUAUAUAUGUAUUUUAACAAAUAAGAGAGGCGAGUGUGAACUAUUUAAAAGUAAUAAAAUCCUUCCAUGCCGUCGUGGGCCUGGUGAUAACAAUUUGUGUAUUAACGCACGAUGAAA